AUGGGACGAAUGCUGAGAACGAUGCCAAAGAUCUGGAAGAUUUAUGAGAGGGUGAAGGAAAUCGCUUUGACUAGAGAUAGUUUUCAAUUUGUCUUUGAACUGGAGACGAAUAUUCAGUCAGUAAUGAAACAUGAAUUUUGGACUUUUGAUGAUUGGGGAAUGGUGAUGGAGAGAUGGCAGGAAGUUCCACCAGCAAAUUUCUUACAAACGGCUCUAAUAUUGAUCCGAAUUCAUAAGAUUCCAGUUAACUACUUCACAUUUAAGAUGAUGGAUGCGGUGGCUGGAGCUAUUGGAUAUGCGAAGGUUAUUGAGUAUGACCCAGAAAAACCACAUUUACUGGAGUAUGUCAGAGUCCAAGUGAUUAUGGAUCUACAGAACCCGCUAAGAGACACAAAGCUAGUGAACCUCCCAAAAGGGUGCUCAGCAACGGUGGACAUUAAAUAUGAGAGAGUUCGAAAGAAGUCUUUCCACUGUCUACGUCUAUCUCACGAGAAACAGAAAUGUCCUCUCCUGAAGAAAGGCAAAGGCAAAAACUUUCAGCACACAUAA